AUGGCUACAGAUGAUCCCGGUUUAGCCUUCCCUCUUGACCCAGUUCCCCGUCGCGACUUUACAACUCUGGCCAAAUAUCCGGCGCAUAAUAUCAAUCAAUCUUCGAAAUUCGCCUUCGCAACAUUGUAUUGCAGUCGCGACCCCGAUACCCGCGGUCCAUACUUUGAAUCUACACAAUCUAUCAUCUGGCGACUCCUAUGGUCCGAUUAUCGCUCAAAGUACCCUAUUAUUAUCUUUGUCUGCCCAUUCAUUCCGAAGAAAAAUCGGGAUAUUUUUCGAGGACAAGGCGCCAUAGUAAAGGAAAUUGAGCUACUGGACAAUAUUAUUCCCGAUGAAAAGAUCGCAACAAAGCGAUGGAUCGAUGUGCUAUCCAAGCUUAAUCUAUGGAAGGAAAUUAAAUGGAACCGACUUGUGUUCCUUGACUCGGAUGCCUUUCCUGUCAGGAAUAUCGACGAUAUUUUUGACCUGGUUCCGGAGCAGCAGUGUAAGAAAGAGGCGCUGCUUCCAGAAGAUAAGGCCGUUAUAGACAAGGGCGGGGACGACAUGUGCAACUAUGUUUACGCGGGUGUGCCGCAAUUUACCAUUGACAAUAUCAAUGCCGGCAUGUUUAUCUUAAAACCGAAUCUUGAUAUGCAUGCCAAGCUUAUCAGGGCAGCUAGACGCACCGAGGACUAUGACGUACGCUACAUGGAGCAAGGGGUUCUGAGUUCCAAGAAUGCGUUUGCGGCUGAUGGUCCUUUUCCGGUAGAUCGCCUGUCACCCAUCUGGAACACGGUCCCGGAAUAUUAUAAGGAACACCUCGCCAAAGGUGCAGAUUCGACUGAGCCGCCGCCCAUAAGGAUUCUUCACGCCAAGAUGUGGAACCGAUUCUGGGGCUCUUGGAAUAAUUUAACGCAUCUGAACGACAUGUGGGAUCUGGACUGGAUGAACAUGUGCAGAUUCUUCGACUCUGACGAAUUUGUCAAAGCAAGGACUACCGGCGUGUAUGUGACACCGUGGGAGAGAUACCUCAAGGCCCAGGAGACGGCGUUAUCAUAG